AUGGAUUUUAUCUUAGCCGAAGAAUCAAGACUAAAAGAAUACCAAGGACACGUAACGCUCAUAGACGGGUUGGAAGAGAAUUUGUCAAUUUGUGUUGUUAGACGCCAUUUUUUGGAGACAGCGGAUGUAUCACUAGCGACAAUUUUACCAAUUUUUAAUAGUUUGUUCUCUGCUUUCAAGUGCAAAAGCCGCAACGAUAAGAAAGAGCCAGGAGUUACGUUUCACAGAUUUCCAAAAGAUCCUGAAAGACGAAAACGUUGGGUUUUAGAAAUGAGACUUGCACAUUGGACUCCUACGAAUAAUGAUAGAGUUUGUUCUAAACAUUUCGAGGAAAGAUGGUUUUAUAAAUGUGAUACGAAGAGGCGGCUGCUGGAUCUAGCAGUACCCACAAUUUUUCCCGAAUUUCCUAAAUAUUUGCAAAAAAAGAAGACUCCAGAGAGGUCAUCAAUGACUAGUUCUCGACGUUUAGUAAAAUCUUUACCAUCAACCUCUCAUGAUAGUGAAAGUGAAAUGAUAGAAGAAGCCAGUCCUAGUAGGGCUACUCGGAGGUCUUCUACAACUAGUUCUGAACUUUUCGGAGAACCUGUACCAUCAGUAUCUAAUGAUAGUGACAGUGAAUUAGAAGAGAAAGCCCUUCCUAGUAAGGAAUGUUUCUGCUUUAAGCCUCAAGGAGCAGAGAGUUCUCUACGGAAUAAAUUGUUUCAGCUAGAACUAAGAUCUCGAGAAAAAAGUAAAAAAAUUAGGGUUCUCAAUCAAAAAGUUAGACGUUAUAAGGAAACAAUUAAUACUUUAAAAACUCGUCUAAAAAUAUUAGAUAAAAGUGAUUCACUGACAGCGGAAACUAUAUUGAUUGAAAUUGUUUAAGUAAUUGUUAAGUAAAAUAUGUGUACAUAGAUAUUACUUGUAAUUAAAAUUUAUAUUUGGCUAUCUUUUAAAAUUUUUGUAAUUAAA